UUCUGGCAUUUAACUUUUCCAUUUGAUAUAUUCACAUUUAAUAUAUUUUAAAAGUAUAUGUGGUAUUUGCAAACAUUGUUAUUUCGUUUCGCUGAAUAAAUUUCUCGCACAAAUAUGUUCCAAAGCGAAGAUCAAAAAGUCGUUGAAAUUAUAAAAUCAACGGAAGAGGUGGCUGAUAAAAUAUUAGUGAACAAGCAGGAGUUAGUGGAGUUGGAUAAGCGGAGGCAAGAAACUCGCGAGGCGAUACGUAAGGUAGAAAAAAAUUCGACAAAUGGCGAAAAGAAAGUGUGGAUAACUGUAGGCAGCAUGCUCGUUAAAUUGGAAAAUGAAAAGGCGUUGAAACUUUUAAAAAACGACCAAAUGCAAAUUGAACGUGAAUAUAAUAUUAUUACUUCGGAUCAAAAGAUAUUGGUUAACAAGCAUCGCGAUUUAGAAUUUUUCUCACCCUACUCAGGCACACAUUUGCAACCACUCGAUCGAAAGGAGUUUGCAGCGCUUAAAGCAAACCUGCCGUUUCUGUAGCCAAAUGAAACAAUAUGUUAAUUAUUAUAUUAUAAGUAUUUAGCUAAAGAAACAAUUUCAAAUAAAUGAUGGAAAUCA